AUGGUCGCGCCGCUCCCCCCGGUACCCGUCGUCGAGCUGGACUUGCAGCUUGACUAUCUCGCCCGCGGCGAGUCCAUGACGGCCGACAUGCGCGACUUCCGCGAUGCAGCCGUAGCCAUCAUGAAGCGCUCAGACAAGGCCGCCAUCCUCAACAUCCCCAAGGCCAACUACUACAUCCGAGGCCAGCGCAACAUUACGGCUGCGGCGCGGUUGGCUGACCCCAAGAAGCCGCAUUACGUCUUCGAGUCCAUCUUCAAAGUCACCAUGCUCAAGGACCUCGAGAUCCUCGGUAACGGGGCGACGAUCUCGCUCGACUGGCAGCAGCGCUUCGGAGCCUUUGAGCUGCACGGGAGUGUCGCAACCUCGCGUCGCGCGCAACCGCCCCAGUAUGUUGCAGAGGUUGGACCAGUACUCGACCUGUGUGACGCUACUGGGCCCAUGAUUGUAACUGACUUGAACUUUGUGACGCUACAGGAUAAACUCGUGCUAGGCAACGAAUACCGCGACACGGGCCGCCAGGUUGGCGGCUCGUCUAUCGUCUUGGAGGCAUGCCCCGGAGCUCACCUUUCGCGUAUCACGACAGAGGGUAUGCCGCUCGAUGGUAUUACAAUCUGCGACCAGAAAGUGAAGCGCAAGCUUGGGGAGAUUACCAUCAUUGACAAUGUACAUUCCUAA